ACAUAAAACAAUCCUAGUCUAAGAACUCUUGUACACACUUCGUUCCUUCAGAUUUCCUGUUUCACAUUAUAUUUUCAUAGUCCACGAUCUCGGAGCGAGGAUGGCGUGUACAGGGGAAUGCCUUUUCUUUUCCGACCAAUUCGCCAUCAGCUGUGGUACCGCAACAAUAGAUGUCAAGAGGUCGAAAGUUCUGCUCAUACGCUGGCGGAGAACUGGCGAAUACAUGCUUCCCAAGGGCCGUAAAGACCUCAACGAAACGCUUGAACAAACGGCGAAACGAGAAACGUUCGAGGAGACCGGAAUACGAGUCGAAUUACUCCCUGUGGAUAUCAAAACCCUAGCCACUAUUCCUUCCUCUAGUAAUAUAGAGGUUGCAGGCCGCCCGAAAGCCGUCAUCGAGCCCAUCGCUGUUGCCCAACGCCUUGCGCAGGGAGUCCUUAAAAUCAUCUUUUGGUAUGUUGCUACAGCAGACUCUACUACGAUCCGGCAAGAGGGAACACAGCAGGAGAACGAGGAGUUCGAUACUAUAUGGACGGAUUUUAACGAUGUUACCUCAACCUUGUCUUUUGACGACGAUCGACGCAUUGCUCAAGCAGCUAUUUCUGCAGUUCGCAGAGGGGUCGUGGCAGCUUCCUGAUGGAUAGGGCAACUACUGCAAUUCGUACCCAAUUCAUUAUCCCGGGUAAUCAGGCAGUCCGUAUAUCCGAAGGACGUUGCCGAAUGCCAAUGCGAAUGCCAGUGCGAGCGGCGUCCUUCCCUGCGUAAUAAACGCGGCCGUCAUAACAUAGUCAGGGUGCUGCUAGAUCACGUGUGCGGUUUCCUUAUAGCACCCGCGUAACGCUUGACCGCAUUACCGUCUCAAACUGAAUCCUUUUCUAUAGGUAGGAAACGUCCCUCUAACGAAUGAACAACACCGAGCUUCCUAAA